AUGGUUGCCUUGCGCAAUGCUCGUGUUCGGCGCUAUGUCCUUCUUUGCCAUUUCUUCUGCUUUUGGCAUUUCGCAGCGCGAACCUUACAGUUCUCUGCCCUGCCGCCGAAUACAAAGCUGUUGAAGGACGCGGAGCACAAUGAGAUGCCAAACUGGAUUCGUGAGCAAAUGUGUGAUUUGGGGUAUGAUAAAGGCGUCUCAGACAACAUGGCCGAGGCGCUCUCAUUUUACAGCCCUUCGGCCUUGGUGGAGGCUUCUCGAGAGAGUUUGCUGGGUGCGCUGCAACAGACAUUCCCAAAUGAUGCACAGCGGAUGAUCAUGGCCCAAAGCCUUUAUGACCGCAUUCAGAAGGGCAUUUCCCAACCACAACCCGUUCAGAGCGAUGUUCCCGAGAAUGUCAAGGCCUUCGCACGAGCUUUGGAUGAUGCAGAGCUGGAAGGGCAAAUUCUCAGAACGGAAACGGGCAGUUUCAAGUUGCAAAACGUUUCUGAAAUUUGGGACGAGAAGCAGUUCUACGUGCGGGGGUGCUACACAGAAAUUGCCGACAUCAUGUUGAAGAAAAAACUCCCCGUGAUGUCGCUUGAGCUUAAAGACUUCCCAGUUUUUCUGCACCAGAGGGACAUCAUCCAUCUGUUUCAGAAGGGCAAAGAGCCCAAAGAGGUGGAUGUCAAGACUUUGAGGUCAGCGCCUGCACAAGCUUUGUAUAUCAUGGAUGCCGACAUUGAUGUGGAACAUGGGGUCUUUUGCCAGUCUUUGUGGAUUACCUCUGCGCGGAGGCCGGAGACAGCGGCUUUCAACACCGAACAUUUUAAGAAGGCCGAGCGCUUUUCUGGGCAGUGCUUUAUGCCACCAUGGACGUUGACGGAGAUGCUGAGUGCAGAGGUCAUGGCCUUACACAAGCUGAAUGAGGAGGUUGUCAAGGAACGCUUCGGCAUCUUUGGUGGCACUGCGAGGCUUGUUUUGGAGAGGGACGAGACAAGGGCAGAGAAUGACAAGGAGAGGCUCGUUGAGGCCGUGCAGUCAGCAGAUGCGCUGCAAUCCCUGAAAGUAUCGUCUGACAUGAAAGCCAUAAGCAAGACGACGCAUUUGCUGGUGAAGAUGCACCCAAAGCGGGAGUUCAGCUGGUUUGAUGUGCAGUUGUCGUCUCCCUAUGUUCGGCAAGAGCUGGUGAAGCAAAACAGAGCAAAACGAGCCCAAGCUCUUUGGGAUCGUAUUGAUGAUGGGAUGAUUACGGGCAUCGGUUUUGCAUUGUUUGAGGAAGAGUUCCACCAGUUCAUGCAGGACAAGUCCAUCGGCAAGUUCAAGCUCCGAGCCAGAUGCUUGACAGCUGAGGGGAAGGGGUCUGAUACAACACAGGAACUCCAAGGUGGUCUUGAAGGAGUGCUGAUUUCGGGCAAUCCCGCAGCAGACAUCAAGGAUGGCGAAUACUACCAGCCGCAGAGCAAAAACUUUCCUGCCUUUGACUCAUGGACCUCACAGGGCGUUUUUCAGCUGACGAUUGCCGAUACACAUGACAUCACCUUCAAUGACAGUGGCAAGGCAAUGGACGUGACGAAGACGCAGGCGUCUAAGAUUGUGGAUGCACUUUGCAAGAAGCAUGACAGCAAAGCCAAAUUCUUCUUUGUCGUUCCGCAGUUUCAGUUUGAUAAGUGGAAGACUGUGCAGACAGUGAAACAGCCAGAGAUGGCUGAGAAGAUUGAGCAAUGGGUCGUGUGCUUUGAACAGAACCUUCCGAA